AUGUAUAUCUUGACGAUGUGCAUUUCGACUAUGUCAAGCGAUAAAGAUGCACUCGAUAUACAUAAAUCGAUAAAAAUAUCGUCUGGUAUCUUCAAACACGUUUUGGAUAUUGAAUUGCGAAAACUGACAAAUGUUAAACUUUCACCGUGUUCAGAUUUAAAUGAUAAAAUUCUUGUAGCAUAUUAUUAUCAAUCAUUUGCUGAAUUUCACGAAGUUACUGUUGCUCGAGUAAUAAAUUCGAAACAAGAUAAUGCACUUAUAUCAAGUAUCGCAAAUCAGAUAUCGCAAUAUUUUGACAUCGGCGGUCAACAACUAACAACAUUCGAUGAUAAAAUCGUCUGUAAAUGGAGAAUGUAUUUUCAGUUGAAAGCUAAAUUUUAUCUUGCUGAAGCACGUGCAUAUCAAGCUCUAAGUUUAUUGGAUAAAAAUGAUGGCGGUGGGGCAUUAAAAGCUGUUGAAGAAGCUUUCAAAGUACAACAACAAGCUAAAGCAUUUUGUGAUGAAUAUGCAAAACGUGAUGCACCAGUCACUCAAGCAAUACCACAACGUCAUCCAUUCUUUCUUCAACUCGAGUCGAUGAUUAAACGUAUACACAAUACAACAGAAUUUGAAAAUACACUAAUACAUCAUAAGAAAAUUGCUAACGAAUGUCCACCACUUGAACAAGCUACUCAUGGUAUUUUGCAAGCAGAAGAAUAUAUAAUGCCAAAACUGAAUGGUCUGUUUUCUGCUGAUGCUUAUAGAGCAUUUGAUAUCGGAAAAAAUGUUGGUAAACCAUAUAAAGAAGAUAAAACGGCGGUGAAAAGCGUUUUACAGAAAGUUGGAAGAUUAUUCAGAAAACAUUUUUUUAUUAUCUAG